AUGAAUCGUUGGCGGAAAUCAGUGGGAGAGAUCCAGGCCAGGAGACGGCCGGUGGCAGAAUGCGAGAGAGCACAGGCGGCCCUCAGCAAGGUGACUGCAUGUUAUCAGCAGCUGGCCACUUUCAUAGGGAGCAGCUCUGACUGCAGCCGCCUUCGAGAGGAGCUGGAGGAGACCAGGGUCCUCGCUCACAGCUUAUGCAAAGGGCUGCAGAAGAGGCUGAUAACCUUGCUGCUGGAGGGAGACCUGAGCCAAGACGAGAGGGAGGAAGCGGAGCGACUGUGGGUGCUCUUCAUGUCGGUGCUGGAGAUCUUUCAAGAGGACCUGCGCAAAGUCGUCGCCCUGCAAGGCUUCUUCCCACUGAGCCAGCGCCGGGACCGGCGGGCGCUGGUGAACGCAGGCUGCACGGGGGGCGGGUCGGGGGUCGCGGCCCGCGCCGCCUCUGUGCAGCCCCCCUGGAUCAGGGCGGAGGAGGAGCAAAGCCCGGACCUGAGGGCGCACAUCGCCCAGCUGGAGUGCAUGGUGCAUGAGAUGCUGCAGAAGGUGAACGUGCCGUUCUGGUCAGUGGAGGCCACUCAGGAGGCGUGGGUGGAGGGCUGCGAGGAGGAGGAGAAGGACGACGAAGAGAUGGCGGAGGAGAUGCUGGAGGUAGAGGUGGUGCCUCCGGGGCAGGAGAGGGUGCACGGGUGCUGCCACAAAGGCUGUCGGCCGGGCUGGGUGCUCUGCUUGCUCAACUGA